AGUGUCACAUUCACCAUCCCUAGGUACAGUUCCCAUUAAGCUUCAGGAAUAUAGCUGCACCAUGAAGCUGCUUCUACUCUCCUUGUUAUUCAUUUGCACUACCUUUGCUUUAGCUAAAAAACCAACAGGGAGGAUUGUCGACUGUGAUAGCCCAGAGGCCAAUGAGGCAGCCUUAGAAGCUCUUCAUUUCAUCAAUGCUAAUCACCACCAUGGAUAUAAGUUUGUUGUCAACCAGGUGGAGGACAUCCAUGUUCUACCUGAGACAGUCAAUGGAGAAAUAUUCUACGUGGAACUUGACCUUCUGGAGUCAAAAUGUCCUUGGGUUAGUCCCACACCUGCUGAGAACUGUCCAGUGAGGCCCAGAGCUGAACAGGCAGUGGAAGGUGAUUGCAAAAUUAAACUCCAGAAGCAGAAUGGCAAUUUUACUGUCCUUGGCGUAAGCUGCAAAUCUAAACCAGAUUCAGGUGAAAACGUGUUUCGGGCUUGUUCCUCUUGUCCUUUACUGGCGCCUCUGAAUGACACACAAGUGGUUCAUGCUGUCGAUGUAGCUCUUCUUGGCUUCAACAAUGGGAAUAACACUGUGUACUACAAGCUCCAUGAAAUUGGUCGGGCUCAGAUUCAGGGACCUGCCAACAAUAAAGUGCAGGUUGAGUUUGUUAUUGCAGCAAGCAACUGCUCAAAUGAAAAUGCUGCUUUGGACAGCUGUGUAGCCCUGACUGGAGAAGGUGCUCACUAUGGCUCCUGUGCUGGCAGUGUAACCAAGCUCCCGGAGGCACAGGAUGAAGAGCUUGAUAUGCAGUGUACUGUCUACGAACCACAGCCUCCCCAGGUUGAUCAGACUGGUGUGCCAAGCAUUGGUGUGCCUGCACAACCUCUAGUAGUUCAUGGGCAUUUUCACCAUAAUCUACGCCAUUCCAGCCUUGGUCCUCACUCAUCAGAAUCCAACUCAGCUGAAAAGCUUCUACUUCAUCUACAUCAGGCUAAGUCUGCUGUCAAGAGAUCACUGUUUGGAAAACACUCAGGCCCUAAUGCACUUAGGCCUCGGUGUCCUGGCAAAAAGAUAUUCUUUUAAUAUCACACGACAUCUGUACUACCCGUGUAUUUACUGUACUGUAUAGGUGAUCUGGAAUUAUACACAUGGCAUUGAUCUUGUUAGAUCUUGACAAAAAAUGACAUUUAAUGAAUAAAAAGCUGGUUCAUUGAAGCAUA